GGCCGCCAUCUUGCCUGGCGUCUGCUAGAGGCUCCGCGCGUCGUCUAAUCGUGCUCAAACGAAUAACAAAGAGAUUUAGCGUGCGGGGGCUGUAAAUUCGUGAAGUUUGCGGGUUUUUUAAAAAUAUUAUCGUAUCCUAGAAAGAAUAUAUAAGAUGCGUAAGUGCUCUUAUGGGGAUUGCGAGCACAAGGAAGUGAAGGGCUCCAAAUGUAAAUUCUAUAGACUACCAGCUAGUACAAGGAAAUGUCAGUCAUGGAUGGAUGCUUGCAAAUUUAAGGGUACCCCACGGAAGAUGGCUGCUGCUCUGUUUGUGUGUUCUUGUCAUUUUGUGGGUGGAAGAGGUCCCACUCGAGAGAACCCUGUUCCCAUCAAAUACCAGCGUACUGACCCUGCUGGUGACACUCCAAACGCCAAGAGCCUGCCUCGUGCGAAAAUGGUGUCAACCCUUUCACCUCCGAUUGAAGAUCCUCCAUUGAAUUGCUUUGAGGAGCUGGAUGCAGAUGUUGAUGAUCCAAGUGUUGAUGUGGCAGAAGUCAACAAAUCAUCAGCCGGUCCAGUGUGUAAAACACCCAAUCAGAUGAUGGAUGUCGAUGCAUAUUCUCCUCAGAGCAACUUUUCCGUUAUUCGUCCUGGUGGAACUGGAGGUUCUUUCAGCAGCCUGGCCGCAUCACUUCCCAACUCAUUUGAAGGUUCGCCCAAUCCCUCACAAGAAAAUGUGGAGAAUGAUAUGACUGAACUGCGCUUCAAACUUAAUAAACAAUGGAGGGAGUCGGAAGUGAAGGUGACAAAUAACGAGAGGGCGAAGCCAAUGGAGGAGCAGAUCACAGAAGAGGAAGAAGAGGAAUCAGCACAUGGGACGGAGGAAGCUUCUGAACCUGUUUUGAAACGAACAAUCGGAAUUCAAAGUGACAUGGCAACAUUCUCCUAUGACCGGAGCAAACAAUGGAAUGAUGAUGAUUUCCAUUACUUCACAGGGAUCAGUAGAAAAGCAUUCGAAAUCCUGUUUGAAUUGGUGGGAGGGGAAACGAACAAGAAAAUGAAGUACAGGCAUGAUGCAAAAACUCCCCAAAGAGAGUUGUAUGCUUCACAUUCAGUCAGGGAUAAGUUAUUCCUCACUCUAGUGCGCUUGAGAAGAGGAUAUUCUCUGCGUGAAAUGAAGAUGUUUUUCAAUCUACCUGAAAGUACUAUCAGUAACAUUUUUACCGCUUGGGUAAGAACCCUAUCUGAAGUCUUCAAGUCAAUGGAGGACGCAAUAUUUGUAAGUGUCCCAGCCCAAGAGAAAAAUAAGCCAGACUGCUAUGCUCCAUUCCCAAACUUACGAUGUGUUGUGGAUUCAACGGAUAUCAAAAUUCAGAAGCCAUCCAACAUGGAUCAACAAAGCCAUUCUUUUUCUAAAUACAAAGCCCACAAUAUUGUCAAAUUUUUGUUUGCCACCUCUUUGUAUGGUGGAUUAUCCUUCGCAAGUGAAGGGAUGGAGGGUGUCAUUACAGACAGACAACUGUUUCUGAAGUCCGGAAUAAUGAAAUAUUUGAAACCUGGGGAGGCUGUAAUGUGCGACAGAGGAUUUGAUAUGGAGGAAGAUCUGAAUGAUAUUGGAGUUGACAUUCUAAUACCAGCAUUCCUUGGAGACCACCGAACCACAUUCACUGAGAGGGAAAUUCUUUUGUCUAAAUGUGUAGCAGGCGCUCGGAUUCAUGUCGAAACUUUCAUAGGAAGAGUGAAGUUCUUCAAGCUAAUCAGAAAUGUUGUGCCCAAUACCAUGAUAGACAUAUUGUCCGAUGUUGUGCGAGUAUGUGCUAAUUUAGUAAAUUUUGAAGAACCUUUCAUCAAUUGGAAUACCAAGAAAAAGGAGAAGAGGAAAAAGAAAUCACAAGUUGAUAAAAUGUGAAACCUACUGCAACUUAUUUGAAUGCAAUGACUGAACUACAUCAAUGGACUUGUGUAAAUUGAUUUUUAACUGUUGCAUUCUCAUACAUAUAUUUAUCUCGGUAAUAAUUGUACUGAUUGGAAUGU